CCAACCAAUCUACACCAAACUUAACUUCGCACUUAUAAUCCCCUAUUAAUAAUUCAUUCAUAUAUAUAUUUAGCUCUCAUUCAGCAGCUCAAAUAAUAAUCCGCCGAAACGCAGCCACCAGUACCCAGCCUUUGAUCACUUCUCCGAAUCAUCAACCAAGAAUGGACGGAAGAAGAAGGGAGCUCGCCGUCGGCCGUCAUCCCCUGCAACGGCGGUGUAGUCGUCGUCGUCUUCUUGCUCCUCUUCUCAUCCUGCUGCUCGCCGUCGCCAGCAGCCAGUCACCCACCGCCGCCGGCAGCAUCUUCGGUGGCGGCGACGACGACUCGGUAUCGGAUUGCAGCCGAGAGUGCGAGUCCCAGCACUGCACGGCGCCGCUGAUGCGCUACGGCAAGUACUGCGGCGUGUCCUACACGGGGUGCCCCGGCGAGGUCCCCUGCGACGCCAUCGACGCCUGCUGCAUGCUCCACGACGCCUGCGUCCAGGCCACCGACAACGACUACCUCAACUUGCUGUGCAACCAGAGCCUGCUGGACUGCGUGGCGGCGGCGAGGCCGGCGGCGGCGGCGGCCACGUUCCAGGGGAACCGGUGCAACGUCACGGACGUCGCCGACGAGAUCACCACCGUCGUGGAGGCCGCCGUGUACGCCAGGGGCAUCCUGCACAAGCCCUAGCAUGCACGUAGCGUGUACGUACGUGUGUAUGUAUCCGUACUCCGUAGGCCGUAGCAGCUAGACAACGGAUACCAUGCAUGCAUAUACGAGCUAGAGGGGGAUCUACCAGCAGGGACCAUGCAUGCAUCAGGCUCGUCGUACCGGUGGGUGGAGCGGCUGACCAAAUUUGGUGCGGUGUGGAUGCAUGGCCUAUCGCAGCCGAAGUCGACGUCUUUGUUUUACAAAAAAAUUGCGUUGCUCAAUGUGUACAGUACACAUCGGAAAAUAUACUUCUCCCUCCAUUCCAAAUUAUAA